AUGUCAUCCAUGGAUCAAAUUCCUCCGUAUGAGUACUACAAGUACGUUUUCGCCACAAGAUGUGCUGUUCUUGCUUGCUCUUCAUUUGAGCUCAUAAUGGUCGUUCUCGGCUCAUUGGGUGAUAGUAACGCCCUUGCCAAACUGUUCUAUAUUAUUUUCAUUGGUUCAUCUGCUGCUGUUUCUGCAUUCAAUAUCCAACAAUCAACCGAUGGACGUGAUGAAAUCAAGAAAGUCGUUGGAGCAGGAGACAACGAAACACGUGGAAGAGCAGUUGCUCUCGUCAUUCUUCCAGCUCUUUCUGGAAUUCUCGUGUUCUUGUGUGUCUCCGGUCACGCGUUCUUUUCACUUUUCGUUCUCAUCCACGUUCUUGCAUCAGUUGGACAACUCGGAAUGGAAGCAUAUGAGGCCAAAAAUGGAUUCCGAGUCAGAGCUCCAGAAAACAAAAAAGCUGUUGCUGAUCCAUACGAUGAGAAUUAUCAAACAUUGAACAAUGUUCAAGACGAGAUUUUCGAUAAGAAAUAA